GGCUUCAUCUUUCCAUCUCAACACAUAGAUCCAAAUAUUGAUCAAUUUCUCUCUUUCCUCCUAGUCUCACUCUUAACCUUCUGGAGCCCGCCCACCACUGCCCAACUCACUCUUGAAUUGAUGCCGCCCAACGCUGCAGAAGGGAAGGAUGUGCUUUUCCUUGUCCACAAUCAGAAUCAAGAUCUUCUACGCUAUACCUGGUACAAAGGGGAAAGAAGAGACCCCAAACGUUAUAUUGCAUCAUAUAGAACAGACGCUCAGAGAAAUGCCACUGGGCCAGCAUACAGUGGUCGAGAGACAAUAUACCCCAAUGGAUCCCUGCUGGUCCAGAGAGUCACCCUGGAAGACACAGGAUACUACACCCUACACACUUUUAAUACACCGUUUCGGACAAACGUAGUAACUGGACAGCUCCGUGUAUUCCCGGAGUUACCCAAACCCAACAUCACAAGCAACAACUCUAACCCCGUGGAGCACAAGGACCCUGUAGUGUUCAUGUGUGAACCUGAGAUUCAGGACACCACCUACCUGUGGUUGUUCAACAGUCAGAGCAUCCAGAACAGUUCCAAGCUGGAGCAGUCCAAGGACAACAGGACCCUCACGUUACUCUAUGUCACAAGGAAUGACACAGGACCCUAUGAGUGUGAAUCCCGGAACCCAGUGAGCGCCAGCCGCAGUGACCCACUCUACCUGAAUGUUCUCUACACCCAUUACCGUUCCGGGGCCAACCUCAGCCUCUCCUGCUAUGCAGCCUCUAACCACCCCGCACAGUAUUCUUGGCUUAUCAAUGGGAGCCUCAAGCAAUCCUCACAGGAGCUCUUUAUCACCAACAUCACAGCGAAUGAUAGUGGAACCUAUACCUGCCUCGUCCAUAACUUUGUCACUGGCCGCAACAAUACCGCAACACCCCUACCUGGCCCCAGGACAGCGGUUCCCAUCUAUGAGGACUUACUAAACCCCAACACAGACAUUUACUGCCGGAUUGACCCUAAAGCAGACGUGGCUUCUUAG